AUGGAGAGGUUUGUCAAGGAGAGCAUGAACAUCAAGGAUGUCCCGGAGGUCAUGAAAAUCAGCAGUUUCAUAAACGGGCUAAAGCAUGCACAACUAUGUGAGAAACUGGGGGAAGAAUUCCCCCACUCAUUUGACAACCUCAUGGACAGGGACAGGGUCAGAGCCUUCGUCAGGGGAAAAGACAUAGUCAGCAAAGCCGAGGAGACAAACGUCACACCCCGAAGGGUCACUCCGACUGCAAAACCUCCUGACAAAGGUACACCUUACUCCCAAAAGCCUGCUUUUGAUAGAAUGUUACACGAUAGAGCGAGACCCUCAUACUCCCCAUAUAGACCUCGGGGGAGAGGCCCUCUUCCUUACUCUGACAAUUUCACCCCUCUCACCAAAACCCCGAGCGAGAUACUGGCCACUGAGAGGGUGAAGGACUCCUUUCCAAGGCCACCACCCAUAAAACCUGGACCAAAGGCACAACCAAACGAGUAUUGUGACUUCCACAAAGGGUUUGGCCAUAAAACUGAUGACUGCAUGUAUCUGAAAAGAGAGAUAGAGGCUGCAGUGAAAACGGGAAGAUUGGUUCAUUUAGUUAAGGAGAUCAAGGAGGGAGGAGGGGAUCGCAAGGGAAGAAAUGCAAGGGAGCCUGGGAGGGCAGAUGUGGACAUGAUUAGAAGGAGGAAUGAAUUCGAUACCACCCGAUGUGUAAAGGCCAGAAUCCUGGGCUCCCCAGACUGCAUGAGAGCUCCCAUCCUCAUGCCACACCUGGAGGAAAACGAAGUGCAACGACUCCCCCUCAACAUCUCGGCCAUAAUAGCGGGUCACAAAGUACCCCGGAUACAUGUGGAUGGGGGAUCUGGGGUCGAAGUAAUAUAUGAACAUUGUUUCCUCAGAUUCGACAGAGAUGUAAGAGAUCGGCUUGAAGAAGAUUCUAUCCCCUUGGUAGGGUUCAACAACAGUGUAUCACACCCCUUGGGAAAGAUCAGGCUCCCAUUCACAGUUGGGGUCGGGGACCGUGUUCGAACUAUAAACCUGACUUUCACAGUGGUCCAGGCACCCUCCAAGUACAACGCAAUCUUAGGAAGGUCCGGAAUUGGGGAUUUGCAAGCACAAGCGUCCACCCCACACGGAGCCCUAGUAUUUCAGACACCAAAAGGCUUAGCUUGGGUAAAAUCCGCAUAUGAAGUAAUCUCUUCUGUGUCUGAGGAGGAGACGCCCGGGAAACCCCAAAAGGAGGGGAUCGAAGAAUGGGUCCUUUGUGACAGGUUCCCUGAGCAGACGAUCAAAGUAGGAAGCCAUUUGAGUGAUAAAUGCAAAAGCGCCCUUAAAGAGUUGCUCCUCCUCAACAUAGAUGUAUUCGCGUUUUAA